UGCGUCAGAGCAUAGGAGCCGCCUACCUACGCGACGCGGGUAAAUCAAGGGUGCUUGUUCAUUCUAACGUCAAAGGAAACCUUCAGUUAUUUUUAAGCGAUAAACAUCAAAGUACAUUAUGUCAAAGAAGAAAGGUCUGAGUCUUGAGGAAAAGCGCAGUCGCAUGAUGGACAUAUUCUUUGAGACGAAAGAUGUGUUUCAGCUAAAGGAUAUUGAGAAGGUCGCUCCGAAGACCAAAGGAAUCACCCCUAUGUCGGUGAAGGAGGUGCUGCAGAGCCUGGUGGACGACAACAUGGUGGACUGCGAGAGGGUCGGCACGUCUAACUACUACUGGGCCUUCCCCAGCAAGGCCCUCCACGGCCGGAAGCGCAGGCUGGAGGAGCUGGAGAAGCAGCUGUCUGAAGCCAAGAAACGCAAAGCAACUUUACAGCAGGCUGUUGAAAAGGCUAAAGUGGGACGUCAAGAUACAGAGGAGAGGGCCGCCCUGCUGAAGGAGCUCCGGUCCCUGAGGGAGCAGAGGGCCCAGCUGAAGGCCGAGGUGGACAGGUACAGGGAGUGCGACCCGGAGGUGCUGGAGGAGAUCCGGAAGUCCAGUGGAACUGCCAAAGAAGCCGUCAACCGGUGGACAGACAAUGUUUUUGCCAUGAAAUCCUGGGCCAAGAGGAAGUUUGCGUUUGAGGACAGCCGCAUUAACAAAGCCUUUGGAAUACCAGAAGAGUUCGACUACAUGGACUAACAGAUUCUCCUCCCUUCCUGGGAUGCACACUACACAACAUAAGUACAUUCAAAGGACUGUGUGUUUUAUUUAUUUGACAAUGUAUAGAAACUGUAUAUAGUUCAUUUAAAAAAAAUUCUGCAGUUUGAGAGCGUUUUCCCCAUCAGACCCAAUUCUAAUCACCUACAAAUUUGAAUUUUAUUUUUAUUUGUUGAUUUAAAAAUAUAUACCACCUUAACUUUGUAAGAGGCCUGUGGGGGGUGGAUGGGUCUAUGACGACCACAUGAACAUCCCAGAGAUGCACUGAUAUGCUCCUGACUGGAUGGUAAAGGAGAAGGUUUUUCCACUGAAUGACGCAAGAGCUGCUGUAACUGAGAUCUUUACAAGGAUAGAGGAACAGUGCUUCACUUGGAAUGUACAUACUGUAAGACUGUGAGCGCAGUGCUUCGCAAAGUUUAAAUAUUGUAAAAUAAAAAGCUGAAGUAAUGGGUA